UUUCAUCAUUCCUCCGUCCGUGCGAAAAUUCUUCGCUUUUUCCGUCAGAGUUCUUGAAAUCUGUCCCCGGAACCGAUCUUGUUAUACAAAUUCCCAACUUUCUGGGAAAAUUCUGUGUGUUUCGUCGAAAUUCGAUUCUGCUGAGACUGAUUUUCGCGAUGGCAACGAGGAAUCGGACAGCGAUGUACCGGAAGCACCGGGAUGCGUGUAAGAGCGCUCGUGCCCCUUUGUCUUUAUCGGCGUCUGAUUCUUCCACAGGUCCGGUCAUUGAGAUGGUCAAUGGUUCGUUUCUUCGGUCCAAUCGCUCUUCAUAUGCUCCUCUCAGCACUGAUGAUACUGGCCCCUCGAGUAGUGAUGCCUUUACCAUUGGUCUACCACCAGCUUGGGUGGAUGAUUCUGAGGAGAUAUCCGUCAAUAUCCAGCAGGUGCGAGCAAAAAUGGCUGAACUGGCAAAGUCUCAUUCCAAGGCUCUGAUGCCUACAUUUGGAGAUGGCAAACAAGAUCAGCGUGCAGUUGAGAUGCUCACUCACGAAAUCACAGAUCUGUUUAGGAGGUCAGAGAUGAGAUUGAGAAAACUAUCUACCAGUGGACCUUCAGAGGAAUCUAAUCUCAGGAAAAAUGUUCAGCGUUCUCUUGCAACAGAUCUUCAGAACCUCUCAAUGGAGCUACGAAGAAAACAGUCUACUUAUUUGAAACGAUUGCAACAACAGAAAGAGGGUCAGGAUGGAGUAGAUUUGGAGUUUAACCUAGAUGGGAAGAUGUCAAGACUGGAUGAAGAUGAUGAACUUGGUGGGAUGGGUUUUGAUGAACACCAGAUGACCAAGAUGAAAACAGGCCAUCAUUUCUCAGCUGAAAGGGAAAGAAACCUCUGGAAGGUGGUGGAGUCAGUAAAUGAACUUGCACAAAUAAUGAAAGACUUGUCAUCUCUUGUGAUAGACCAGGGAACAAUAGUUGAUCGGAUAGACUAUAAUAUCCAAACUGUCGCUUCAUCCGUCGAGGAAGGAUAUAAACAGCUACAAAAGGCAGAGAGAUCACAAAGAGAGGGGGCAAUGGUGAAAUGUGCAACGGUACUCCUUAUACUCUGCUUCAUAAUGCUUGUCCUUUUAGUCCUCAAGAGCCUUUUGUUCUGAUCAUACCAGAAAUAUUUCAUUGGAAACUCAUAUCAUAUUCUAAUUAGGGAUGAUCUUGCCUGAUCUAUUCAUGUAUAAUCGAACCGAACCCUCUCUUUCAAAUAGAUGUAUAGGAUAGACUUUUGUUCCCUUUUUUGUUUAUCUCUUCCGGAUGUCUAUUCCGUAAGUUUUUGGAAUUUACAUUUAAAUUCGCAGG